AUGGCGGACAGCAAUGAAAAUCAACGGAUUUUAAUUAUUCCUGGAAUGGGAUGCACACCGGUGAGAGAAUGUAACUGGUAUGCAUGGUUGGAGAAUGAAUUAAACAGCUUAGGUCGGUUUACCGUAAUUCUCGAAGAUAUGCCUGAUCCUCAUGGGGCACGGGAAUCCCAAUGGCUACCAUUUAUUCGCAAUACACUUAAAUUUGAUGAUAAAACUAUUCUGAUUGGACAUAGUUCAGGUUGUGAAGCAAUCAUGAGAUUAAUCGAACACGAUAAAGUACGAGGAAUCAUACUUGUAGCAGCAUGUCAUACUGAUCUUGGUGAUGAAGGCGAAAAAGCAAGCGAAUAUUACAAUCGACCAUGGGAUUGGGAGACAAUGCGAGCAAAUGCGGAAUGGAUCGUGCAAUUACAUUCGCCUAGCGACAAACUUAUACCAGUAGCUGAAGGACGUUUUGUAGCUGAGAAGUUGAAAUCGGAGUACAUGGAAUUGAAAAAUCGCGGUCAUUUCAUGGGUGCGCAACUUCCAGAAGUACUCAAAAAGGAUGAGCACGGAUUUAAUAUCGUUUCAAUGCUCAUCCACUCUAAUUGA